AUGAAGGAAAAUAUGGGAAACCCUCUGCACCUAACAUCUCUGAAUCACAUUUCACUUGUGUGCAGAUCAGUGGAGGAAUCCAUUGAUUUCUACACGAAUGUUCUUGGGUUUGUCCCAGUGAGGAGGCCUGGUUCUUUUGAUUUUAAUGGAGCAUGGCUGUUCAGCUAUGGAAUUGGUAUACAUCUAUUGCAAUCUGAAGACCCAGAAAACAUGCCCAAGAAAGGUGAAAUCAAUCCCAAGGACAAUCAUAUCUCUUUCCAGUGUGAGAGCAUGGGUGCAGUGGAGAAGAAGCUGAAGGAAAUGGGAAUUGUCUACAAAAGGCAGAGGGUGGAGGAAGGGGGGGUCUACGUUGAUCAGCUGUUCUUCCAUGACCCAGAUGGCUUCAUGAUCGAGAUAUGCAACUGCGAUAACUUGCCGGUUAUCCCGCUGGCCGGAGAAAUGGUCCGAUCAUGCUCUCGACUGAAUGUCCAGAUAAUCCAACAUCAGCAGCAGGUCCAUGUUGUCCGGCCAUAG